AUGAAAGAGUCUAGUUUACUUCUCAGUAAUAAAAAGAAUUGGCUGAAGAUACGUGCGAAGUUGCUUCUGCAAAAAUAUGUUCGAAGAUAUGUACCUGAUCCGCGCGACAACCCUCUAACGGAGCACCCAUUAAGCGCGGAGUCCUACGAGAAGAUCCAACAACAGCAGGAAGGGAGUGUGCGCAUUGGCAUCCGUCCAGGGCAGUCAAUCGAGGAAUACAUGAUGGAGCGUGAUCGCCGGUGGAUUCGCGACCAAAGCAUUACUAUGGAGGAUGUGGUGAAAGAUGGAAACCUCAAGACCACGAAGGAUGGGUACCCGUUUUUGGGGGUCGGGACGCGCGAGAACUACAUGGAUUUAGACUCCGCCAACAAGAAGGUGAAGUUGCCCGAGGAGAAGGACUACCAGGUGGAUGAAGAGCUCAUCUUGCUGCGUCGCCAAUUGCAGGUCGAGAACGAGGCCGAGUAUCGCAAGUUCGCCGCCGAGUCGAAACGCGAAGAACUGUCGUCUCGGGACACCCAAAAGCGGCGUCGGGCGCACCCGAGCGACCCCAAGUACGACCCAUUUAAACGCAUGCCGGAUUAUCGGCCGCAGGACAGCGUGGAGCUCGCGCGGUGGUUGAAGCGGCAGCGGGAAUCCGGCCGCUCCGCCAGCGGGGCCUCGCUGCAAACUCGGGAAGGCCAGGAGCGCUUUUACAACGAGGAGAAGAUGGCCACCCAGUACUAUGCGAAUCCCUUCGCAAAUCGGAUCGAGGAGCCUCGUGGGAUGUCGAAGCGUCGGAUCACCGCGUACUCCCCGGACAGCGUUUUUGUCAACGACAAGGAGGUCAUCGGGUCCUGCAUCGUGACGGAGCGGAGCUACUAUCACUGGAAUGUGAGCAGCUUCGAGGAGGUGAAUCGGCGGACCUUGUCAAUUCUUUUCCACCUCUACCCCGUGCCGGACGUGAUUUUCCUCGGCACCGGGCGCAACCUUCACUUUAUCGACGAGGAGCUCCGCAUCGCCUUCCAGAAGCGGGGCUCGAUCAUCCACUGCCUGACCACUCCCAAGGCCUGCGGGCAUUUUGGCGUCCAGCUCUCCGUCUCCCGCCGGGCCGCGCUGGCGGUGAUCAACCCCGUCCCCACCAACUCCUACGGCGUCGAGUGCUUUGGCGACUUCGUCGAUAACGACCAGUUCUCGCUCUCGGAUACCCAAUUGGGGAUCCUGCCCUUUCGCCAGUUCUCCUCGAAUUUCUUUCGUCCCAACCCCGUGGCGGAGCGCUACCGCUCUGUCCAGGGCACCGGAAUCGGCCCGCGCUAUCACGAACUCUCCGACGGCCGCCUGGUGCGGCCCGGGACGAGCGGGACGAAGCUGCGGCCGAUGCUCGAGCCCGGGGAGGAGGUUGUGUGGGAUCGCCUGCCUUCCUAUUUCCAUUGGUACCCGAAGGAAACGCUGGAGGACUACAUCGAGAAUACCACGAUGCGGGAGAUCCAGGAGCGGCCGAAGGGGGAGCCACUGGAGCGCCGACUCCAACGAAUGCUCAACAAUGGGGUCAAUCCCAUCACGGAGGACUCGCCGCGGUCGGUGGUCAUGCCGUGGGAGGCCGCGAGCAUCCCGAUCUGCAAGUUCGCCCACGAACGAAACGAGGAGGAGAUCAUCGUCGAGGACCCCAAGACGGGACGGAUUAUCGGGAUGGAUCGGGAAACUUACAACCGCUGGAGGGUUAUGAUGGAGGAGCGGCGCAAGGGGCUGCCGGAAUCGGACCCGGUGGAAUACGACCAGGAGCGCUACGUCACCAACCGAGAUGGCAUCGUCUUCGACUUGUCAAAGAUGAAGUACCGACCGAUCUUCCAGGGCCGUUGGAACCCGAGGCGCCCACAGAGCACGGGGCGAACAAGUCCAAUCAUGGUGUAA